AUUCUGAGAUGGCUUCGGACGCCUUGGCAGGACACUUGGCAGAGGGCGAUGCCAGGCGCAGCUGGCAGCGUUAACUCUUUGCUGGCUGCCAGCAGCCAUAUCUGAAGAGGUACAGCUAUCUCCCUGGCAGCCAGCCGAGCAGAAACUUCUGGGGUCUCUGUCCAAGUCCCAUGGAUGGCGAGGCGUGCUGUGGUCCGAUCAUCCCUGUUGUCCCCUCCCAGCUACUAUGAAGCAGUACACGAUGGGCGUGGGCCAACUAGCCCUGAGUACCCAUUCCUUGGAAGCUGGUACCACUACAUGGGUCAAGAGCCUCCCUCAUACAAGCGACGGGGAGGUGUGGUGGACCACCGUGAUAUCAUUAUGGCACAUCAGGCCCACAAAAUCCACAAUACACCUCAGGCUCAGCGCAAGGAGUGGGAGAUGGCUCGGUUUGGAGAUGAAGUGCCAGCCCGCUAUGGGGCAGGAGGUCCAGGGGGAGCUGGCUCUGGAACAGCAAGCGGUGGAGGUGGCCGGGGUGCUGGGGGCGUCCGGCAAGGUGGUCCCCCGGGGGCCCAGAGGAUAUACAAACAGUCGAUGGCCCAGCGAGCCCGUACCAUGGCACUCUACAAUCCCAUUCCUGUUCGGCAGAGCUGCCUGACUGUCAACCGCUCCCUCUUCCUCUUCAGUGAGGACAACGUGGUGAGGAAAUACGCCAAAAAGAUCACCGAAUGGCCUCCUUUUGAAUACAUGAUUUUAGCAACCAUCAUAGCAAACUGCAUUGUCCUUGCGCUGGAGCAGCAUCUGCCUGAUGAAGACAAGACGCCAAUGUCAGAACGACUGGAUGACACAGAACCAUACUUCAUUGGAAUAUUUUGUUUCGAGGCUGGAAUUAAAAUUAUUGCCUUAGGAUUUGCUUUCCACAAAGGCUCCUACCUAAGGAAUGGCUGGAACGUGAUGGACUUUGUGGUGGUUCUAACAGGCAUCUUGGCAACAGUUGGCACUGAUUUUGACCUGCGGACUCUGCGGGCAGUUCGUGUACUCCGGCCACUAAAGCUAGUGUCGGGAAUCCCAAGUUUACAAGUCGUUCUCAAGUCCAUCAUGAAGGCCAUGAUACCUCUGCUACAAAUUGGCCUCCUCCUAUUUUUUGCAAUCCUUAUUUUUGCAAUCAUAGGGUUAGAAUUUUAUAUGGGGAAAUUUCACACCACCUGCUUAGACAUUCAUACAGAGGAAAUCAAGCUUGAAGUUCCAUGUGGAACAGCUGCACCAGCGCGCCUCUGUCCUAAUGGGACCAAGUGUGACAAGUACUGGGAUGGGCCCAACUACGGGAUCACACAGUUUGAUAACAUUCUGUUUGCUGUGCUGACUGUCUUCCAGUGUAUCACCAUGGAAGGGUGGACCGAACUCCUUUAUUAUAGCAACGAUGCCUCAGGGAAUGCUUGGAACUGGUUGUACUUCAUCCCCCUCAUCAUCAUUGGAUCCUUUUUUAUGCUCAACCUUGUGCUGGGGGUGCUUUCUGGGGAGUUUGCCAAAGAAAGAGAGCGAGUGGAGAACCGACGCGCGUUUUUGAAGCUGAGAAGGCAGCAACAGAUUGAACGGGAACUCAAUGGCUAUAUGGAGUGGAUUUCCAAAGCGGAAGAAGUGAUUCUGGCUGAAGAUGACAUAGAAGGAGAACCUCGUCACCCCUUCGAUGCGCUUCGGAGGGCCACAAUCAAGAAAAGCAAGACGGACCUGCUGAACCCAGAGGAAGCAGAUGACCCACUGGCUGACAUCUCCUCAGUGGGUUCACCCUUCGCUCGAGCCAGCAUCAGAAGUGCCAAGCUGGAAAACGCCACUUUCUUUCACAAAAAGGAGCGGAGGUUGCGUUUCUAUAUCCGCCGAAUGGUCAAAACUCAGGCCUUUUACUGGACAGUCCUCAGUCUGGUAGCUCUCAACACUUUGUGUGUUGCUAUAGUACACUACAAACAGCCAGAUUGGCUAUCUGACUUCCUCUACUAUGCAGAAUUCAUUUUCUUAGGGCUCUUUAUGUCCGAAAUGUUUAUAAAAAUGUAUGGGCUCGGAACGCGGCCUUACUUUCACUCAUCCUUCAACUGCUUCGACUGUGCUGUUAUUAUUGGGAGCAUCUUUGAGGUGAUCUGGGCUGUGGUGAAGCCUGGCACCUCCUUUGGUAUCAGCGUCUUACGAGCUCUCAGGUUACUGCGCAUUUUCAAAGUCACAAAGUACUGGGCUUCCCUAAGGAACCUAGUUGUAUCUCUGCUGAACUCCAUGAAGUCCAUCAUCAGCCUCCUUUUCCUCCUCUUCCUCUUCAUAGUCGUCUUUGCCCUCUUGGGAAUGCAGCUCUUUGGGGGCCAGUUCAAUUUUGAUCAAGGGACCCCUCCAACCAACUUUGACACUUUCCCAGCAGCAAUAAUGACAGUAUUCCAGAUCUUGACUGGUGAAGACUGGAACGCAGUGAUGUAUGAUGGUAUCCAAUCUCAGGGUGGUGUCAAUAAAGGAAUGGUGUUCUCAAUCUAUUUCAUUGUACUGACCUUGUUUGGUAACUACACCUUGCUCAAUGUCUUCUUGGCUAUCGCUGUGGACAAUCUAGCCAAUGCACAGGAGCUUACCAAGGAUGAACAAGAAGAAGAAGAAGCAGCCAAUCAGAAACUCGCCCUCCAGAAGGCAAAAGAGGUAGCAGAAGUGAGCCCUUUGUCCGCAGCCAACAUGUCGAUAGCAGUCAAAGAACAACAAAAAAACCAGAAAGUUGCCAAAUCAGUUUGGGAGCAGCGGACAAGUGAGAUGCGGAAACAGAACCUGAUGGCGAGUCGGGAAGCACUGUACAAUGAGCUGGACCCUGAGGAUCGCUGGAAGGUCACUUAUGCCCGGCAGAUGCGGCCAGACAUGAAAACCCACUUAGACCGGCCAUUAGUGGUAGAUCCUCAGGAGAAUCGCAACAAUAACACCAACAAGACACGUCCCAAUGAACCACCCCUGGACCAACACUUCAGACAGCAGCGGCCUGAGGAAUUCCUACGAAAGCCUCCUCGCUAUCACGACCGUGCACAGGAUCCUCGUGCUUAUGAACGCGCCGACUCAGGUAGCUUUGAGCCCCGGCGCCCACGGAGCAGCAGCAAAGAGAUUGACUUUGGCCACGAAGGCAGGUGCCAUGAGAUUGAUUAUCCCAGCAAGGAGCACAACGCUAUCAUUGAGCGUAGCUAUCAUGGUGACUGUGACUCAGAGCGCAUCAGAGUACUGGACCCAGAUCGCCACCACCGAGGCAGCAAAGAGAGCCGAAGUGGGUCUCCUCGUGCAGGCGAUGGUGAUCGGGAGCACCGGCGGCAUCGUGCUCACCGCCGGACGCCAGAUGAGGGAGGUGGCGAGGAGACUGGCAGAAGUGAGCGCCGUCCUCGACACCGUGAAGGGAGCAGGCCUGCACGGGGCGAUGUUGAUGGAGAACAGCCUGAUGGAGAAAAGCGUCGACGGCACCGGCAUACUGCACAGUCCACCUAUGAUACUGAUGGCAAGGAGCGCAGGCAUCGACGCAGGAAAGAAAACCAAGGCUCUAGCCUUCCACCUGGACCAAACCUGUCUACUACACGGCCAAUCCAACAAGAUAUGGGACGCAUAGAGCCCCCAGUGGCUGAGGAUAUAGACAACAUGAAGAACAAUAAGCUGGCAACCAGUGAAACCUCAGAUCCUCACCCCAUCAGCCACCCUCAGACUUUUACCAAAGGAGGUAGUCACCCAAACUCUACACCAAGCCACAACUCUCAAGACCUACCUGUUCCUUUAGACCAGCCACUCCCUAACUUUCAGAAUUCUGCCAUUCGUCGGGUGCCCAAUAACCUGGGUAAUCCAUCCAACCCAGGACCCACUAAGAACCCUGAGAACAGCCUCAUCGUUACCAACCCCACCACCCAGAACAAUCCAUCCCAAACUGCUAAGAAACCAGAGCACACCGCAGUGGAGAUCCCGCCCACUUUUCCACCACCUAUCAACAAUGCUAUCAUGCAAGUGAAUAAAAAUGCCAAUCCCGAGCCUCUGCCCAAAAAGGAGGAAGAGAAAAAGGAAGAAGAAGACGAUGACGGAGGAGAGAAUGGGCCCAAGCCCAUGCCGCCAUACAGCUCUAUGUUCAUCCUUUCCACCACUAAUCCAUUCCGAAGGCUGUGCCAUUACAUCGUCAAUCUGCGUUACUUUGAGAUCUCCAUCCUGAUGGUGAUUGCCAUGAGCAGCAUUGCACUCGCUGCUGAAGAUCCUGUGCAGCCAAGCGCUCCCCGAAACAAUGUUCUCCGUUACUUUGACUAUGUCUUUACAGGUGUCUUCACCUUUGAAAUGGUUGUUAAGAUGAUAGACUUAGGACUGGUUCUUCAUCAAGGUGCCUAUUUCCGGGACCUGUGGAACAUUCUGGAUUUCAUUGUGGUCAGUGGAGCACUGGUGGCAUUUGCCUUCACAGGCAGCAAAGGGAAGGAUAUCAACACCAUUAAAUCCUUGCGUGUUCUUCGUGUCCUCAGACCUCUCAAAACUAUCAAGCGAUUGCCAAAGCUCAAGGCUGUCUUUGAUUGUGUGGUAAACUCACUCAAAAACGUCCUCAACAUCCUCAUUGUGUACAUGCUCUUCAUGUUCAUCUUUGCGGUGGUGGCUGUCCAGCUCUUCAAGGGCAAGUUCUUCUUCUGCACUGAUGAGUCCAAGGAGUUUGAAAAGGACUGCAAGGGAGAGUACCUAGUGUAUGAAAAAAACAAUGAAGUGAAGGCUGAGAAACGAGAGUGGAGGAAAUAUGACUUCCAUUAUGACAACGUGCUGUGGGCCCUGCUUACUCUUUUCACCGUAUCUACAGGAGAAGGCUGGCCACAAGUCCUCAAGAACUCAGUGGAUGCUACCUAUGAGAAUCAGGGCCCCAGCCCUGGUUAUCGCAUGGAGAUGUCCAUCUUCUAUGUGGUCUACUUUGUGGUCUUCCCAUUUUUCUUUGUCAACAUUUUUGUGGCCUUAAUCAUCAUCACCUUCCAGGAGCAGGGGGACAAGAUGAUGGAAGAGUACAGCUUGGAGAAGAAUGAGCGAGCCUGCAUUGACUUUGCCAUCAGCGCCAAGCCUCUUACCCGGCACAUGCCCCAGAACAAACAGAGCUUUCAGUAUCGUAUGUGGCAGUUUGUGGUUUCACCACCUUUUGAGUACACCGUUAUGGCCAUGAUUGCUCUCAACACCAUCGUCUUAAUGAUGAAAUACUACAAUGCCUCACACCUGUAUGAACAAGUACUAAAGAUGUUCAACAUUGUCUUUACUGCCCUGUUUUCCUUGGAAUGUGUUCUGAAAAUCAUUGCCUUUGGAGUGAUGAAUUAUUUCCGUGAUGCCUGGAAUAUCUUUGAUUUUGUCACAGUUCUGGGUAGCAUCACAGACAUCUUAGUGACAGAGUUUGGGAAUAACUUCAUCAGCCUGAGUUUCCUCAGGCUAUUCCGAGCUGCCCGCCUCAUUAAGCUGCUCCGACAGGGCUACACCAUCCGCAUCCUGCUUUGGACCUUUGUCCAGUCAUUUAAGGCCCUUCCAUACGUGUGCCUGCUGAUUGCAAUGCUCUUUUUCAUCUAUGCCAUCAUCGGCAUGCAGGUGUUUGGUAACAUUGGCAUUAAAGAUGAGGAUUCUGCAAUCAAUGAGCACAACAAUUUCCGCACGUUCUUUCAGGCCCUGAUGCUUCUCUUUAGGAGUGCCACAGGUGAGGCUUGGCAUGAGAUCAUGCUCGCCUGUCUGGGUGGAAAGGCCUGUGACGAGAAAGCAGAUGCCAAAGACAAUGAGUGUGGCAAUGAGUUCGCAUAUUUCUAUUUUGUUUCCUUCAUCUUCCUGUGCUCUUUUCUGAUGUUGAACCUUUUUGUGGCUGUCAUCAUGGAUAACUUUGAGUACCUGACACGUGAUUCUUCCAUUCUGGGGCCUCAUCACCUGGACGAGUAUGUGCGCGUGUGGGCUGAGUAUGACCCUUCUGCCUGGGGCCGGAUGACUUUCAUGGACAUGUAUGAGAUGCUGAGACAUAUGUCUCCACCCCUGGGGUUAGGGAAGAAAUGCCCAGCCCGUGUGGCUUAUAAGAGACUACUUCGUAUGGAUUUGCCUGUGGCAGAUGACAAUACAGUCCAUUUCAAUUCCACCCUCAUGGCAUUGAUCCGAACUGCGCUUGACAUCAAGAUUGCUAAAGGAGGGGCUGACAAACAGCAGAUGGAUAAUGAGCUGAGGAAAGAGAUGAUGGCAAUUUGGCCCAACCUCUCCCAGAAAACACUGGAUUUGCUGGUCACCCCUCACAAAUCUACUGACCUGACAGUGGGCAAAAUCUAUGCAGCCAUGAUGAUCAUGGAAUAUUACCGCCAAAGCAAGGCCAAGAAACUGCAAGCUAUGCGAGAGGAGCAGAAUCGGACACCACUUAUGUUCCAACGCAUGGAACCACCAUCCCCAUCCCAGGAAGGUGGUCAAGGACAGAACGCUCUCCCCUCAUCGCAACUGGAUCAAGGAGGUGGAAUGAGCAUGCAGGAAGGGGGAAUGAAAGAAAGUGAGUCAUGGGUCACACAGCGAGCCCAGGAGAUGUUCCAGAAAACAGGAACCUGGAGCCCUGAGCGAGGGCACUCAGAAGACAUGCCAAAUAGUCGGACCAAUUCCCAGUCUGUAGAGAUGCGGGAGAUGGCAAAGGAUGGCUACUCAGACAGUGACCCAUACUUGCCCAUGGAAGGGCACGGUCGUGCUGCGUCCAUGCCACGGUUGCCAGCUGAGAACCAGAGGAGGAGGGCGCGACCGCGAGGGAAUAAUCUCAGUACAAUCACAGAUGCAAGCCCCAUGAAACGCUCUGCCUCCAUGUUGGGCCACUCGCGCUCCAAAGGCAUGCGCUUGGAUGACUAUUCUUUGGAGAGGGUAAUCCCAGAAGAGAGCCAGCGGCAUCACCGGCGGCGGGAGCGAGGCCAUCGGACGUCAGAGCGCUCACUCAGCCGAUAUACAGAUGUGGACACAGGUCUGGGCACAGACCUCAGUAUGACCACACAGUCAGGUGACCUACCUCCCAAAGAAAGAGACCAGGAACGAGGGAGGCCGAAAGACCGGAAACAUCACCACCACCAUCACCACCAUCAUCACCACCAAACGUCUUCUGACAAGGAGCGGUACUCACAAGAGAGGCACGAAUACAGCCGGCCUCGCUCUAGAGAUCGACGUUGGUCCCGCUCACCCAGUGAGGGCAGAGACCACAUGCCUCAUAGGCAGUAGUUCCGUCAGCGGCAGCCCGGUCCUCUCCACGUCCGGCACCAGCACCCCGAGGCGAGGCCGCCGCCAGCUCCCGCAGACCCCUUCGACGCCCCGGCCGCACGUCUCCUACUCCCCGGUGGU